AUGCAGACGCGUCCGAGCAGUGAACCGCAUCGCAGCCGGGAUCAGGUGAGGGAUGGGGAUCGGGAGCGGAGUCAGCCGCAGAAAUGUGCCAGUGCCACGUUGGCCAAGAAGCCAGUCACCCCGCCGUCCGCCCCACCGCCCACGCCGGCCAACAGGGUGGUGGCUCCACUGACGGUGCCCGUGAUUCAGCUGACUCCCGCCCAGAGUGAGAGUCCCGCGAAGGUGGGUCUGAUAGCUUCCCUAAAGGACUCCUCCACCACCACCACCGUUUCGGAUAACAGCAACAAGGAGAACCAGCCAGCAAAGGUUCAAGCUAUAGCCCGGAUUUCCUGCCCCCUGGGCGCACCCACCAACUACGUGGCCAGACGCACCUGGAUCACCACCGAGCGGAUGAACGAGCUGAGGCGAAAGGCCCAGGAGGCGGCCAAGCAGAACAAGAUCUUCACCAUCCGGGGUUGCUUCAAUUCGGUGCGGAAUGCCCUGCUGACGCGGGGCUGGGUGGAGAAGCUGGACGACCACCGGAAGGUGAUGCCGGCGGGACAGAUGACCUACGAGGAUCUAACCCAGCGGCUGCCUAAGAGAAAGGCGGGCGAAACGCGGCGGCAGUAUGUGCAGAAAUGCGAAAGGAACAUCAUGUCUCGAUUUUUGGAGCACAUGCCCGUCGACUUUCUGUGGACGAACCGCAAGGAGAAGUGCGACUACAUAGACCAGGCCAAGAAUCCCGGCAUGACCAUCAACAAGUUCCACCGGGCGCCGUUCACCUCCAAGGAGGGUCUCUGCAGUCAGCUGCGCGACUUCCACUGGUUCUUCGAGGAGGGCACCGCCGAGAUGUACUUCCCCAGGUGCUACAACGUCUGGAGUCCCGAGGAGCUGGGCGAUUUCAUCGAGAACUUCAAGCUCACCGCCUGCGUCGCCUUUCUGAGGGCCAUGCUCUGCAAAUACCACAAGCAGGGCUCCGAGGCGGUCUUCACGUGCAGCGGCAAGAUUCCCUACUCCUCGAUAGACUUUGCCUACAAGCGGCUGGUGGAGUUCCUGGACAGCUGCCAGCACAACGACAUCGACUUCGAGGAUCCGCCCAAGAUAUGGGAGCACGACUGGGACGCCUUUCUGUUCCAACACCAGCAGCUGGUCAACGAGGACGGACGCAUCCAGCACGACGGUGGCCAGCGGCUAGAUCCCAUGGUCAAGAGCUGCUUGUCACUGGUGGACAAGAUGAAGAUUCACUGGCCGCAGUACAGCCUGGAUGGAUAUCAGAAUCUGUGGAUCGUCAAGCCGGCCAAUAAGUGUCGGGGCAGGGGCAUCAUCCUCAUGGACAACCUCAAGAAAAUCCUGGGCGUAGUCAACCCGUCGAUUGCCUCGAAGAGCCGCUAUGUGGUCCAAAAGUACAUAGAACGGCCCUUGAUCCUGUUCCAAACUAAAUUCGAUAUUCGUCAGUGGUUUCUCAUAACCAACACGCAGCCCCUAGUGGUGUGGUUCUACCGGGAGAGCUACCUGCGAUUCAGUUCGCAGGAGUAUAGCCUGAGCAACCACCACGAAUCGGUGCACUUGACCAACUAUGCGAUCCAGAAGAAAUAUACGAACGGAAAGCGGGACAAGCGGCUGCCGAGCGAGAACAUGUGGGACUGCUACUCCUUCCAGGCGUAUUUGCGUCAAAUUGGCAAGUACAACAUGUGGCUGGAGCGGAUUUAUCCCGGGAUGCGAAAGGCCAUCGUGGGCUGCAUGCUGGCCUCCCAGGAGAACAUGGACCGGCGACCCAACACCUUCGAGCUCUUCGGUGCCGACUUUAUGAUCUGCGAGAACUUCUAUCCCUGGCUGAUCGAGAUCAACUCCAGUCCGGAUUUGGGGGCGACGACCAGUGUGACGGCGCGCAUGUGUCCGCAGUGUUUGGAGGAUGUUGUAAAGGUGGUCAUUGACCGUCGCACGGAUCCCAAGGCGGAUAUGGGCAACUUUGAGCUGGCCUACCGCCAGGUGGUGCCGCCCACACCUGCCUACAUGGGUCUCAACCUCUUUGUCAAGGGCAAACAGGUGCUGCAGAAGGUGAGCCAUGGCGGUGGUCAUGGACACUACUACUACCAGCAGCAGCGGAAGGAGCGUUCGCUGGCCACCAGCAGCGUUUACCGCCAGCGAUCGGCCAUCAUCCAUCCGGCGACGAGUAUUUCGCGGAUCCACCGAGCCAUGCCCACCUUCAAUGCCACCGAAUACAUGGAGAAGUACAUGGUGGAGCCGCUGAGCAGCAGUCGGAGCAGCCUGUGCAGCCAGCAGCCGCAGAAGUCGCCCUCGAAGGCUCCCGUUCUCACUGCCCCGCCAACGGGAUCACCGAGUCCCUAUAUCCUCAAGCAGGCUGGCCGCUCCAUUACCCAGCUGCUGAGUGCCUCCCACAAGCGAAAUACGGCGGGAUCUCUGCCGGGUGAACCGAUUCCGAGCACCGCCCUGCCACCGAAACGUCAGCGCAGCUGUGGACCCCGUCUGAGCUCCACGAAUCCCGUGGAGAGUUCGGAGAAAAAGUUCAAGAUUCUUAUCAAAAACUAUUCGGCCGCCGGAAAUGAAACGCUGCAGGAUGUGCGACCGGAAGCGGCGCCGGCGAUGAGCGAGCGGAAAUGGCGCAGUUUGCGCAACAUUGCGGCCACAACAACUGGCGGCUCCUCCAACUCGGCGUCCCGCUCCAAAGCGGCACCUUUGGUAGCUCCUCCCAGUCUGCCCACGCGCCGCUUUAGUCGCACCAAAUCGGAGAUCGAUAGCAUGCACGCCAUCGGCAGGACCUUUGGCCGGAAGUCGAAUGGUCCCAGGCUGCCCAUCAGCAUAUCCGUGCAGGCUUUGCAUCGAGGUGAGCCCAUUGUGGCGGCUCUGAAGCAGGCCACCAGUGAGCUGCAGCUCUCCCAGGCCCAGAUGAUGAGUCCUCGAACCGCGCUGGCCAACAAACUGAACAGCGCCACGCUGACUGUUCCCACGCCAGCACUUCCGGUGGGCUAA